AUGCCGAUUCAGCAGGGCCAGGUGGCCACACAUCCCAAGAGUGGGCGUCCCAUCUAUCCUCGCAAUGAGGCCGUGCGCCGCGAGCGGGCGCCCAACGACCUCGUGUUUCGAGUUGACAUGAAGAUGAACAAGCCAGAGAUUAAGAACUACCUCUCGUCUAUUUACGGCCUGGAGGUUGAGCGCGUCAACACACAGAUUGUCCUUGGCAAGACCAAGAGGAAUCGUCGCACAAACCAUCGCAACAAACGUGCUGAUUACAAGCUCGCCUAUGUGACUCUCCCCGAGGGACAGCACUUUGAGUUUCCUAGCAAGGAGCUUCUCUUCGAACUGGAGACUGACGAGUAG